AAAUUAUAUACUGAGAACAGGCGGGAGAAGUUGGAACUCUUGAAAGGACUGACCCUUGGCCGCGAUGACACAGUUAAUCUCUCUCCUCUUAAGCAGGAGGUCUUGAUUGUAUGGGGGGACAAUGACCAGAUAUUUCUAUUGGAAAAAGCGACCGAGUUGAAGGA